AUGCCGGAGCUGCAAGUUACCUUUGACCAAACAUACCCCAUUCAAUAUGCCAAUGCUUCUUGGAGGGUAUGCCAUGGCCAUACCUGUGAGUGGCCCAUCGACGGCUGGCUAAGCGACAACGAUAUGCUGCAUAUCAAGGCUGCACAAGUUGGAUGGUUGCUUGAGGAUCCUUCCAGCAUGGAAACUGUCAUCGUUUGGAUCACCGAGUUUCGCCGAGUAGCGCAGACUAGCGACGCGACAGUCAUAGAGCAGGACAAGGACAUAAAGAUGAAGGCGUGGCUAGAGGGAUUGGUGGCGGAAGGGUUGGUGUGGUUCUCUUUUUUCGACAAGUUCAGGAUCACUCUGGAUGGAGUUCAGAGACUUGAAUCACUUGAGCUCGCAGGAGUUCGAUGCACACCUAAAGAAGGUAUUUCCACCGGGUAA